AUUAUAUUUAAUAAAAAGUAAUUUGGCAGCCUUUUCUCCUAUGAGACGACAUGUCUAUGCCAUGCUAGAAGUGAGCGGAGACUUCACGCUCACUCUAGCAUGUACCGACUUGCACAGAUUCGCAUUCGCAAAACAUUUGCAUCGUUUGAUGCGAAUGCAUAUGUUGAUGCGAAUCUUUAAAAUGAUGUGCUAAUAUUAUAAAUGCGAAAGUUUGUGAGGAUGUACGUGUGUAUGUUUGUUACUCUUUCACGCAUUAUCUAUUGGACUAAUUGUUAUGAAAUUUGGUACACGGGUAGAAUAUAACCGGGAUUAAUACAUAAGGUACUAUUUAUCCCGAAAUUCCCAUGGGAGCGAAGCCCUGUGGCACAGAUACUUUCUGAAUAUACUUCGACUUGACUAACAAAACUGAUUCAAGGUUUAGAAAUGUGCUAGUAGAACUAAGAGUAGUUAGGUACGGGUUGGAAAAAUGGCUAAUAAAAUAAAAUAGGUACCUACUUAGGUACCUAUUUCGUUUUAAUUUAUUAGCCGUUCUAUGGUAAAAGUCAACAUUCAAGGUAAACAAGUUGGUGGAUCUAGUGGCUGGUGUCAUCCGGUUCACCCACCCAGAUUCACUCUUAUUAAAUCAAUGACCAAGAAAGACUCGAAAAAGUAGGUAGUACCUUUGUAACCACUUACAUGUAAAUAUAGAAUAGAAUUUAUUUUAUAAUUUACUAGGUUCCGGCUUCCCUCGAGUAAAAACAUGAAAAUCUGUGCAGUAGUUUUUGAGUUUAUCGCGAACAGAUAGACAGACGCGGCGGAGGACUUUGUUUUGUAAGUUUUGUAAUAUGUAUGUAGAAGUGGUAGAAAUAGUGUAGGGGCUAGUUAAAGGCACGAAAGAGAAAACAACAAUGGAUAUGUCAUAAGGAAAUGUUGAACGUUUGAAUUGAACACCAUCAAACGAAGAAAUUUUCUUCGCUUGAUGAUGUUCAACGUUGAUGUCAAACGUUCAACUGAAAAUUAAGAAGAAAUUCUUAAUUUUCAGAAGAAUUUCUAUUGAAUGUGUGCGUUUUGCGACACCUUUACUGUAGUAAAUUUUCCUUAUGACGUUUGUGUUUCCACUGUGUUUUCUCUAUUUUUCUUCGGUCACGUUAUGUGUAACACGAAUUAUAGAAUUUUGCACAUCCGUAAGAAGAAUUUAAGAAACCUGCACGACUGGUUCAGUCGCAGUGCACCUCGCUGUUUCGUGCGCGGCAGCUUCAAAUGUACCUCUAAAUAGUAAUCUAUCUAUGUUCAAAAGCGAAAAUCGCCAUGAUGCUGUGCUGUCCUUGGAGUAGGUAUGGCAAAGUCUAAGCAUAGUGUAAUAAGCAUGGAAUUAUUAGAUUAAUUAUGGAAUACUCCCUAUUAGUAGGUACUCAGGCACUUCGCUGUUUCGUGCGCGGCAGCUUCAAAUGUACCUCUAAAUAGUAAUCUAUCUAUGUUCAAAAGCGAAAAUCGCCAUGAUACUGUGCUGUCCUUGGAGUAGGUAUGGCAAAGUCUAAGCAUAGUGUAAUAAGCAUGGAAUUAUUAGAUUAAUUAUGGAAUACUCCCUAUUAGUAUUAUUGCGCAUUUAUCCCGCCAGAGUACAGCACUGUAUGUUAGGUACACAAAAGCUUUGCCGCCUUUUGCUAUGUCGAUUAAAAUGUUUAUUUUGGAGUACUUUAUUAAUCCUUUCAUUAUGUAAGCAUUCGUUUGUGAAAAUAUACAACAAUGCUUAGAACCUUUUGCCUUCCAAUAUUGAUAAACUAAACAAAAAAAAACACUAUGGUCGAUCGGACGGCCAUUUUAUAUAAUAAAUGUCACUGUCAAACAUUACACGAAUACGAUCAAUUUUUGUAUUGCAUUGUAGGUAUUCUGUAUAUUUUCCUUUGAUUUUUAUCGUGACGACGAAUUACCAGAAUGUGUGCUAAGUCAAACAAUUUUAAUGAAGAUUUAUUUGAUUACAUUAGAGUAAGUGAAGAUGAGGACGACUCCAAUGCCGUAGAAAUCCCAUGCGAAAUGGACGGAACAUUGUUGUUGUCGACACUCGUUGCUCAGUUUCCUGGAGCAUGUGGUUUAAAAUAUCGGCAUCCCGAUAGUAAAUCUGUACGUGGUAUUCGUCUCAGCGAUGGUAAACUACAUCCCCCCACAGAUGUUGGUUGGGGAAAGCAUCUAUAUAUUUGCGUAUUUCCUAAAGAAAAUAAACGUAAAAUGGAGGACGUGCCGCCGGAAAAUUCUGCUGCUAAAACAAAACGAUUGGAAAAAAAACUUACUUGUUCAGAUUUAAUAUGCCUAGGACUACCUUGGAAAUCAACUGAAGAGUCAAUAAAACAAUAUUUUGAGAAAUUUGGAGAAGUAGUUAUGGUCCAACUAAAAAGAGAUAAGAACGGAUCUUUCAAAGGUUUUGGUUUUAUUCGUUUCGCAACAUAUGCUUCGCAGAUGAGAGCACUUGCGCAGCGCCAUAAUAUUGAUGGUAGAUGGGUAGAUGUUCGAAUACCCAACUCCAAGGAAGGAGUAGUACCUCAAAUGCCUUGCAAAGUAUUUGUGGGCAGAUGUACUGAAGACAUGACCGCAGAUGAUCUUCGUGAGUAUUUUUCAAAGUUUGGAGAGGUUACAGAUGUUUUCGUACCUCGACCUUUCCGUGCUUUUGGGUUUGUCACUUUUUUGGACCCUGAAGUUGCACAGAGUCUCUGUGGUGAAGACCAUGUCAUUAAAGGGGCAUCUGUGUCUGUAUCAAGCGCUGCACCAAAGAUAAAGGGUAAAAGUAACCCAAACUGGAAAGAUGAUUCUUAUAGCAACAACAACUGGGAUGGUAACCGAUCUGGGCCAUCUUCAGGUCCUAACAAUAAUGGAGGAAACAGUAAUAUUGAUUCUUUGAAUAUGCAAAAUUUAGGUAUCAAUCCCAAUGGUGGCCCACCUGCUAAUUUCAAUUUGCCUAUAAGUCUUGUUGCUGCUGCUUUGAAUCAAGCUGGAUGGGGUGGUUUCUUGGGUGGUCCUGGCAAUAAUGGUCCUAAUAAUUGGCAAGGCGGUCCACCACAGGGCAGUGGCGGAAGUUCAGGCAAAAACUGGAAUGGUAAUCAGAAUUGGAGCCAAAAUGGGCCACCUCCUUCUUGGAAUCAAGGCAGUGGGAAUGGCCAAGGUUGGAAUGGUGGUAAAAAUGGUAAUUGGAAUCAGGGGAAUUGGUCAAAUAACAGCCAAGGAGGGGGUUGGAAUGGAAGUGGAGGCAGUUCUGGAUCUGGUAGUGGAUGGAACAACAAACCACAAACAUGAGUUGCAAGUGGCGAAAUAGUCAAGAAUGUGGUAAGAGGAAUUUAGUCAUGAAAUUCGGGAACAAUAUUACAGGAUACUGUUAAUUGUACCUACAAGCCUACAAUAUACAUCCAUAACAACAGCAGCUUAUAGCAGGUGAAAGGUGAAUAAAUUGUCGACAUUUUGAAUUUUUGACUACGUUUUGGAAAGAGAACAAACUUUGUUAUGGCUAAACGAGAUUAAACUAUAUCGGAUCUGAAAUAAUGAUAUACGUACAUAGCACUUUAUUUUUUUGCAACCAAAAAGGCACAAUAAACAUUAAACUGAACCGCCUAUUCCUUUUUUAUCGUAAUGUAACUAAGUAUUAAUAUUAUUUAUAAGCAAACAUCAUUUAAUUUCGAAUAGUGGAUCCAUAUCGGAUAGUAUUUCUUUUGAGGCAGAGUAAAAUAUGUGUCAUUCAUUGUCUGAUUCUGGUGUUAAACGUAUUGUUAAUUUUAUAAAUUAUACGUGUUAUGUACAGCCAACAGCACAUCAAAUUACCGUGCAUGAAGCACUAUGGCUGGCGGCGCGGUAAUAGCGGAGUUUGCAAUGAAUUUGGGAAGGUUGAUGUACUGUUGGCUGUACAUUGUGUUUUGUUCUGUGUAUUUUAUAUUCCGCGCACUUUUGCUUUUUUUCAGAAAGUUUGAAGAAACGAGAAAAGGCGAAGGUGAAAAUUCGCCGUUGUUAUCGGCGUCACGGCGAAUGAGAAUAUGAGAAUCUGGGCUUUGAUAAAAAAAAACAAUUUUUUCCUUUUCUGUGCCAUAUCUAUCUUUGGAGGGCAUCUAGGUCUCUCAGUACUUCAUCUUAUUGCAGUUUUAUUUUCGCAGUGGAAAGCGUGCUGGGCCUGGAACCUCAUGCGAAAAUAAAACUGCAAUACAUCUCCCAGGGGAAUCUGACGACAUGGAGCUAGGAAUAACACUGGAACUCGCACUCCCAAGAUCUUUUUGUUUGAUUCAAAGAACAUGUAGUUACAUAUAUUGCGAUCUAGAGUCACCAAUGGCCCGUCCCACGAAAUACAAUAUUUUUUAUUUUCCGUCUGUCCUUUUACUUAUGUAUUACAGGCAUGCAAUACAAUAAGAUAAAAUAUAUUACAUCCUGUAAUACAUAGAUGUAUUUUACCGCACAAGGAGAAGUCGAGCACCAGAUAAAAGAGAGCAAUCCUAUGUACUUUGAAUAUCAAAUAGGUUUGUUUUAGCAGUGCGUUAGCCAGUAUAUAUUCAGAUAGAAUGAUAACCUGCCUGUGACAGAAUAAUAUAUGCACGUUUUAUAUAAAGCAUUUGUGAAUAUUAAAUAUUGUAUUUAUU